AUGAAGCUCAACAACAUCUUCGCUGUUUCUGCGCUUGUGUCAAUAGCACAGGCUGCACCUUCUGAAGUCGAAGGCGCCCAGUUGCGCGCUCGUGACGUCAACACUUGCAGGGCACCGGGCCAGCACAAGUGUGCAGUCAUUGUUUGGGCCAGUCUUGCCACACUUGGCAUCCCCGGAAGUACUGUCGGCGGUUCUGGAGUCAACGUUGUUGAUGGCAAUUGUGGCACCAUCAUUGCUGCCGGCAAGCUUAAGCGCGACAGUCCUGGCUUUAGUGCCGAUUUUACCACUGCUUACGGUCCUCACUUGUACUUUGGCGCAAACAGUAUUGGUCUUCGGAACAUCGGCGGUGUCAGGUACCAGUACAAUGGCAAGAGUUACAAGCAGGAGAAUUGCUUCAGCACUGCUGGUACAAGCGGAACUAUGGCCGUUGAUGCUAUUCAGUGUAACUUUGACUGUUAA